UCUUGCUUACGAAGUGGUGAUACACCGUCUUUUACUGAUUUGAACCGUUGAUGUUGUGAGGGACAAAGAAUGUCCUCUUUUGCUUAGUAGGAGUAAGAAGUUUCGAAGAAUCUUCUGAUUUGCUAUUUGGGAUUUGUCUUUUCCAUGUCCACUUUGAUAUUUCCAAUGAUAUUAACUUGUUCCAGCCAAGCAUUGUGUAGAUUAUGGGGAUUUAGGUAUACCUAGAUGGAAACACAGUAUUUCUUCCUCGUUAGUAGCGUAGAUUAGGAUCUGGUUUGUCACGUUCAACUAUAAUUUCUACCCAUCUCUGUUUGCUGUUCUUCAAACAAUAAUGGAGCCGUUCUUUUCUCGUGUACGGUCACUUGCCUUGAUGUCGAUGUCGUUAAUCUCUGUUUGCACUUUAUCAGAUUGCUAUGAUCCUUUGGAUCCCAAUGGGAACAUUACAGUUACUUUUGACAUUAAUCAAUGGACACGAGAUGGCUAUGAGGCAAGGGUAACAAUUCAAAAUUACUAUCAUUAUCGUCAUGUUGAUAAAUCUGGUUGGAAAUUGGGUUGGACAUGGGCUAAUAAUGAGAUCAUCUGGACCAUGUCUGGUGCUUUUGCCACUACACAAGGGAACUGUUCAUCGUUCAAGUUCGACACGCCACACUCCUGCGAGAAAAGCCCUGUCAUUGCUGAUCUCACGCCAGAUGCCCUGCCGGAAAACAGGACAGCUGACUGUUGCCAUGGUGGCAUUCUUGCUGCUUGGGCUAUCGACCCUUCUAUGUCAUUCUCAUCCUUUGAAAUGAUGGUUGGCCACUUGGGGGCGAAUCCUAAUGUGCAAGCACCACUCAAUCUUACUCUUAUGGCUCCAGGUCCUGGUUACACUUGUGGCUUAGUUGCUGACACUGAUCCCACGAUUUCUUCUGAUAUUGGGGGUAGGAGACAACUCCAAGCGUAUAGAACAUGGAAAUCAACAUGCACUUACUCCAGCUUUGUUGCCAACCAAGCACCUGUAUGUUGUGUUUCACUCUCAACAUUUUACAAUUCCAAGAUCACAUCAUGCCCUACUUGCAGCUGUGGAUGCAGAGAAGCAGAGGAAAGUACAGGUUCAUGCAUAAGAGAAGGUUACCCUGCACCACAGUCAGAUUCUUUAGAUAGUGAUGACAUUGUGCUAUGCACUGAUCAUAUGUGCCCAGUUACUGUUCACUGGCAUGUUAUGAAAAAUUACGUGACACAUUGGAAGGUAAAGCUGACAGUCUCUAACUACAAUUAUAGAAGAAACUACUCAAACUGGAAUGUGUUGGCUCAGCAUCCUGGUUUCAGCCAGAAUGCAACAGCAUUUAGCUUUAACAGUACAAUGCUUCCCUCUUUUGGAUUUUCAGAUGAGGUUGCUCUCUUUUGGGGGAUUGACUACUAUAAUAACGACCUAUUGAAUGCUGAUAAGGAUCAACUGGGUGCGGUAUCCACACAGAUUUUACUGAAGAAGGAUUCAAAUUCCUUCACAUUAAAAAACGGAUGGGCGCUACCUCGAAGAAUAUAUUUCAAUGGGGAGAAUUGUCAAAUGCCUCUUCCAGACACUUUCCCCAUGUUACCAAAUGGCAGCUCCAACUUGAAACCUGCUCACACCCUUUUACUUUUCUUGAUUUAUCUGACUUUCAAGACAGUGGUUACCAGGCUUUGAUAAAUAAAGCUCUGAACAUGUUUGCUUCCUGAAUCAAAAUUUUGGUCUCACUUGGGAGACAAAAGUUAAGCCGCGGUAGCUUACAAAAGCGAAGAGAGCCCUUGGUGUAAGGACUGGCAAAAAAUCACAUAGUUUCUGAUAUGCUAACGAUCAGUUGGUCAUUCUUCUUACAAUAACACUAGAUACACCGAGCUAAGAAAUCCUUAGUAAGAACAGAAACAUUUACUUUGACAAUAACACCCAUUUCAACGUUUUCCACCCCCAAGUCAAAUUCAAAGUAAGCAUUGAAGUUUGAAUCUCUCGCAACACCAGCCUUUGCGAGCCCAUCCGCAAGUGAGUUAGCUUCACAUCUGAUAUGGGUGAAGGAGAGGUGUAACAACACCAGCCUUGUUAAUAUUUGCCAUAUAAGUUCAUGCAAAGUCUUGAA